AGAGAGAGAGAGAGAGAAUAAGUGAGAGAGAGGGAGCAAGGGAGCGAGGGAGGGAAGAGAGAACGAGCCACCUCAUCAAACACUGACAGAGAGGAGAGAGAGAGAGUGUGAGAGAGAGAGAGAAAGAGAGAGAGAAGGAGGAGGAGAGCGAGAGAGCGGUGAAGAAGGACACAGCAGGAGAACCAGAGGCUGAACUUUUGUGAAACUUUUUCACAAAGAAACCCAAAAGCUUGAGGACUCAGGAUGUCGUCUGUCCAUCAGGAGAACGGCCCAGAAGACGCCGGCCACCAGAGCUUCUGGAUGCCUGGAAACUACCAGCGGACAGUGAAGAGGACGGAGGACGCCUUCCAGGCGUGUAAUGACAUCGUGACGUGUUUUCAGGAGCGGGCGCGGGUCGAGAGGCUUUAUGCUCAGCAGCUCAAUGAGUGGAGCAACAAGUGGAAGCCCCUAGUGGACACCAGUCCUCUCUAUGGCUCUCUGUUACGGGCGUGGCAGUGUUUCCUCUCCUCCGCCGAUCGGCUCUCCACCCUGCACUCCUCCAUCUGCCGCUCCCUGGUCUCUGAGGAAGGAGACCGGAUCAGGACGUGGCAGAAGGAGACCUUCCAUAAGAAGAUGUUUGGUGGCUUCAGGGAGUCGCAGGACUUUGAGACAGGAUUCGCUCGCGCUCAGAAACCCUGGGCCAAGAGACUCAAGAAGCUGGAGAAGGCGAAGGCGGCGUUUCAUAAAGCGUGUCGUAAGGAGCACAUGGCUCGGGAACGGGAGGUUCACGCUCAGGGAAACCCCGACAUCGCCAUCGAGAAACAGAGGAAGAUCCAGGACGAGCGAGAGAGCGCACAGCAGGAGACUCAGAAAGUGAGAGCCCGGUACGAGAAGGUUCUGGAGGAAGUGACACGUUAUGCCCCGCGCUACAUGGAGGAAAUGGAAUCUAUCUUCGACCAAUCACAGGAGGAGGAGAGGAAGAGGAUCAGCUUCCUCAAGCAGGUCUUUUUGUCCAUCCACAGACACCUCGAUGUCACCAACAACGAGAGUGUGAAGGCUGUGUAUAACGAGCUCCAUGAUGCUCUGAUGGCCAUUAAUGAGCAGGAGGACCUGCGCUGGUGGAAGAACACACACGGCCCGGGGAUGCCCACUGACUGGCCUCAGUUCCAGGAAUGGAUACCAGACAAGAAGCUUAAAAAGGGAAAGAAAGCUUUGGAGCAGAAAGCGGUGGUGAUGGAGAGAGGUGUAAUGAUUGGUGGAAUUCGAGUCCGAGCUCUUUAUGAUUAUGUUGGACAGGAGCCAGAUGAGCUGUCCUUUAAAACUGGUGAGGAGUUCGUGAAGAUCGAGGAUGAGGAUGAUCAGGGUUGGUGUAGAGGGAUGAUGGAUGGAGGCAAAGAGGGUCUUUAUCCAGCAAACUAUGUGGAGGUGGUGUAGGUCCAACAGCGCCACCUACCACUGUGAUGGAACACACACACACACACACACACACACACACACACACAGUCCAACACUGCUUUGAACAUGCCCUUGUCAAUGACAUGACACGAGUGCGCUUACGAGACACAGCCACUUCCUACAUGAUUUUUUUUACAUUUUUUGUUUUUUUUUUACUUUGAAGUACACACACAGUUAUUAUCAGUUUGCUAGCUAGCUACCAAGCAUGCUAAUUAGCCAGCUAGCUAAUUAGCUUAUCUAACUGAUUUAAAAUGAUAAAGAUUAAUUUCGAUCACAGGCAAUAGACAAUAGUUUAUAACAUGAAACCCAGAACGUAGAAAAACAAAGCCUAGUCUGUCUUUUUUAUAAAACUGUGUCAGAUUGCAAUGCCUUCUGGGUAACUUUUGCCUUUGAAGUCUACAGUCAUGUGACACUGAACAAACAUCUUGUGCAGAACUUCAACGGGCAAGUCGACAAGGUCGUGUUCAAAACAGUACUGAAACCCCGCCACACUCUGCCUCUUGGGUCCUGACUGCGUUCGGAGCUUCCCAAGUUCCUGCCAGUCCAUCUUUUUUUUUUUUUAUUUUAUUUGUAUUAUUUUUUAUUUUCUGUGUAAGCUCAAAAGUUUCUGCUGAGAGAGAAGGUGUGCAGGAAGCAGCUGAAGUGCUUGUGUACGUGUUUAGAGUUGCGAGAAUAAGAAAAGUGCUUUUAUGCAGCAGAAAAUGUUGCUUUUAUGUUCGGGUGUUUUGUUCGAGUCGGAGGAGUCGAAACAGGAUCGAGGUGACAUGAAGAUACACGGUACAGUUCAUACGCUAGCAUGUAGAAGGUUUAUGAAGGGAGAUUAUCACGCUGAAUAUCUGACCAGUCGAUUUCAUGAAGAAUCGUGAAGCGCUACGUCCAGUCAGUGUCAGCUGACAUAAAGACUACGUCAGGUUGACAUAACACCUGAGUCAAGUGACAUAGAUUGUUCUUGACAUAAAGUUAUGACACUUUCCUGAUUGAUUUCUGUUGGAAUGUCAUGACAACUGACUUCGUAGCUCAGUCUACUCUACUCUGUCAGAAUUUGAAAGUUUUUAUAUCAGGGCUUAUGCAGGUGUCAUGUAGCUCUAUGAACACUAUCACGAAGUUUUAAGUCGUCAUGAUUUGUCCCAUGAAUAUAUACAUCUGAGUAUAUGUUAAGCUUGAUGAAUUCUUUAUGAUCAUCACUACACUAAUCUAAAACGUUCACUUUGGCUGAAAUCAAAGGGAAAAAGACGUGCCCUUAAUACUUUUAAACAUCUUUGCCUUUCCUGGGAUUGUACCGAUCCCUUUAAUGCAUGAUGCUAUGCUAGCAUACUGUACUUUCCUGAUAAUAAUUCGCUCAAGAUUUCACUUAACGAGUUAUUGAUAGACUAGUGUAACAUCUGGAGGAGCACUUCAACCCUAAACACACGACCAAACAGAAAUUUUACAUUUAAGAUGAUACCCAUACAGCAUCAUGUCAUCAUAACAAAUGUCUAGCGCAUGCUAGAAAACAAACAGAAACAUGUUAUCAUGUGAUCUGGGAAAAAAAAACUGCAUACAAUACAGUGCCUUGCAUAAGUAUUCACCCCCCAUGAACUUUUCUAUAUUUUGUAGCAUUACAACCUCGAACUUAAUUGUGAUUUUUUUUUAAACACUUGAUUUACACAAUAUGUCUAAAAAAAAAAAAAAAAAAAAAAAACAGGCAUUUUUUUUGGUUCACCCCCUGGAGAAUAUGUGGUAGAGAUAUCUUGGCUGCAAUUCCAGCUGUAUCCCUGUCAGCUUUGCACGUCUGGAUCCUGAUAUUUUUUGCCCAUUCUUGUUCUUCUUGGCAAGAUUGCUCGAGCUUUGGCAGAUUUGGACAGAGACCAUCAUUGGUGAACAGCAAUUUUGGCACAAAUUCUCAACUGGAUUGAGGUUUGGGCUUUGACUGGACCGUUCUUUCACGUUCUUGCUUCCUGUUGCAAAGUGAAGCUCCGCCCCUCACACGUCAUCUGCAUACUGAAACAGGUUUUCUUCUAGGAUUGUUCUGUACUUGCCUCUGUCCAUCCUGCCCUCAACCCUGACCAGUUUCCCAGUUCCUGCUGAUCAAAACCAUCCCCACAACACGAUGCUACCACCACCACGCUUCACUGCAGGGUGAUGAGAAGUGUGGCAAUUCCACCAAAUGUAGAACCUUGUGCCAAGGCCAAGGUUUGGUCUGAUAAGACCUGAGAACUCCUUUCCACAUGUUCCAACAUCUCUUGACUCAAACGUUUUCCAAAGUUUUUUUCCGUUUCAGUUCCAGGUUGUAACGCUACGAAAUGUAAUUUCAUUUAUGUUUGUGUGUCUGUGGGAAAGAUUUAAUGUAGCUGCCGUUUGAGCAUUUCAGGAAGUGUUUCACACCAAAGAAUCACAAACCAAAAAUGUAUUCUUUAUUAAAAAACUCUAUCAUUUCAAUUUUACAUCUUAUAUUUUUAGGCGUAAAGCAGUGCACUGUGUCCAUACGACAUCCUGCUGCUUUCGUUUCACCUCCUUUGAGUUUAUCAGUGUUAAAGACUGUAAAAUUUAUGUAAGAGUUAUUUUUGGUUGUUUUUUGGCUUUAUAUAUGCAAAGCGUCCUUUUAAAGGAUGAUGUGUGUGAGUGUGUACGUGUGUAUCAUGCUAUAUGCACCUUAUUUACAGUAGCUAUUCAGUAGAACACACACACACAUGGGGAAGGUUGUUUCUAAAUGUCAAAAUACAAAUAAAUACAUGUAAACAGA